CAAUCAACCCAUACCAAAGUAUCGAUAAAAAGCGGGCAGCCACGUUUUCCCAAAUUUUUUUCUUUCGUGAAGUGUAUUUUAUCUUUUUGUUGCGUUUCGCCAACCGGAAUCCGAAUCCCCGUAGCACAGUCACGGACAAAUAUGGCACUUACGUCGCGGUUCUACAAUGAGCGUUACCCAGAGAUCGAGGAUGUGGUCAUGGUGAACGUUCUCUCCAUCGCCGAGAUGGGCGCGUACGUGCAUCUGCUGGAGUACAACAACAUUGAGGGCAUGAUCCUGCUCUCGGAGUUGUCUCGCCGGCGUAUUCGUUCCAUCAACAAGCUGAUCCGCGUAGGCAAGACCGAGCCGGUCGUUGUCAUUCGUGUGGACAAGGAGAAGGGCUACAUUGAUUUGUCCAAGCGCCGGGUGUCGCCCGAAGAUGUGGAGAAGUGCACGGAGCGCUUUGCCAAGGCGAAAGCUAUCAACUCGCUGCUGCGCCACGUUGCCGACAUCCUCGGCUACGAGGGCAACGAGAAGCUAGAGGAGCUAUAUCAGAAGACCGCCUGGUACUUUGAGAAGAAAUACAACAGUAAGACGGUGGCUUACGACAUCUUCAAGCAGUCGGUGACGGACCCCUCCGUCUUUGACGAGUGCAACCUGGACGCGGAGACAAAGGAGGUGUUGCUGAGCAACAUCAAACGCAAGCUGGUAUCGCCUACGGUCAAGAUCCGUGCUGACAUUGAGUGCUCCUGUUACGGCUACGAGGGCAUCGAUGCGGUCAAGGCGUCGCUCUCCAAGGGCCUGGAGCUCAGCACCGAGGAGCUGCCCAUUCGCAUCAACCUGAUAGCACCGCCUCUUUAUGUGAUGACCACUUCAACCACAAAGAAGACAGACGGCCUGAAGGCUCUGGAGGUGGCCAUUGAGAAUAUUCGCGCCAAGAUCAUUGAGCACGAGGGCGAGUUCAAGGUGAUCAUGGCUCCCAAGCUGGUUACUGCCAUCGAUGAGGCUGAUCUGGCCCGUCGCCUGGAGCGUGCCGAGGCCGAGAACGCCCAGGUGGCCGGUGAUGAUGACGAGGAGGAUGGUGCCGAUCAAGAGGGCAUGCAGUUUGAUCCAGAGAAGGAGUUUAAUCACAAGGGAUCGGCAUCGGCGGCGGCUGCCGGUGAGAAUGACGACGAUGACGAGGAGGAUGAGGACUAGAGUACAGCGGCGGCAACAAUAGUAACAACAGAUUUUUGCAUAUUAAUAAAUCCUUACAUGUGUAUGGGUUCACAGCUGACCAGAAAGAAGUUGCAGCUUUUUUUGUAUAAAUUAUACCACAUAACGAACAAUAUUAAAAGUGAAAACGGAACGUUGAGAGCCCAAAAGAGAAA